AUGAGUCGGCCCCACGAUAAGCUGAACAACCCAACACAGCGAGAUGAAUCUCUGGCUCCUCCCACCAGCUCCACAACUCCAGACCCUGGUCAGCAGGCUGUGCUCAACGUCAUGCCCACCUUGCCCUACGUGGUUGUCAUUGACAAUGUCUCAGACGCUACCAGUCACACGGAAAUCCAAAAAGUCAUCCAUAAGAACUUGCCCCCGAGCGAUGUGCCCGAAAAACCACGAUACCACAUUCUAGAUGUCUCCAACGGACGAGCCACUGUGGAAUUUGCCGGCUCCAACCUGGCUCAUUCUGUCGCUGAUGCCCUUGAUCAAAAUGAUAUCAACGGAUCAACCGUCAACUGUUCUGUGCUAGAUAAUCCUACGUUGGCUACACCGGCUCCUGAAAUCACACAGACGGCUCCUACGCCACCUUCCAUGGGCUCCAUGAAUCCGUUUUUAUACAUGUCCCCAAUGUAUGUCGACUACGGCUACUAUGGGCCAGGACCGCAGCAUGGACCUGGUCUUUAUUCUCGUGGCAACCUGAUACAUCCAGGCAUGCCCUCAGGAAUGCCUGUACAGCCACAUCCAGGUGUCCAUGGUGUUCACAGCGUUCCCAGCAUGGGUAGCAUGUCAGGCUUCCCCCCUCCUUUUUACUAUGGUGGCCAGGAAGUCCCCAAUAUGGGCUAUCCUCCAAUGCACGGUGCAUAUGCUCCCUCAUACCCUCUGUCCCGCCGUCUGCUGACUCGUCUGAGCAGUAAUUAUAGCCGACCUCGGUCCUCGAGAAAUAGCUCCAUAUCGCUUAAUCGUCAAGGCAGCAGUCAGUCAUUUAGACGAGGCAGCAACCUGCGGCAUAGCUCCUUGAGCAGUGCGCCAGGUCGAACAAACUCAAGUAUACUGGAAUAUGGCAAAGAUGAUUUGACUGAUUUUGCAGUACCCGAAAGUCCCGUGGGUGAAGAGCUUGAGGAGGAGGGUGCUGAUGAGGAAGGCAUGAUCUAUAUCGAUGACGAAAACGGACAACGAGUAAGAGUGAACCCACGAAGGCUUUUUGUGGGAAACAUUCCUUUCAACUCGACAUGGCCAGCGCUCAAAAACUUUUUGGUAUCGAGGUCGGAGGAAAUCGAGCCCAACAAUGAUAUAGAGAUUCUAAAAGUUGAAAUCCCAAUGCAACCCCCACGAGAGCAAACCAACACAUCGACCAUGGGUUCAUAUUACUAUUUGGCAACGCUAUCACAACAGCUUCAAAAUGGCUCUGGCGGUUCUGGCCCCCAUGGCCCUCCUCCUCCUCAUAAUAACGAGAGACCGCCACAGCGUGGUCUAAGUCGAGGAUUUGCAAUUGUCACAACAGGUAAUAGAGCGUCACUGGAAAAGCUUAUACGAUAUUUCAAUGAGGUCGAAUUUGAAAAUAGGCCCAUGACGGUGCGUUUCGACAGGUUUCCGAACUUCAAUGGCUAUGUGCUCCAGCAGCUAAAUCCCUCGCUACGCAGUGGCUCAGUGGGGUCCAAGAAUAAGCCUGGCUUCCUCACGAACCUCGCGUUUGAACGCAACCUGUUCCAGCAUAAGUAUUACUAUGGUUCUGCGCCGCAGUUCCAGCCCAUGGCACAGCCUUACCCUAACGGACCGGGCCCCAUUGAAAACAUUGGUCUCCAUUACAAAUGUCUUUUGGCACUUAUUCAACAUCUGUUCCCGGAAAUUGACGUUAACAACAUCGAUGCCUUAAUUGAUGUGGGAGAGCGCAAUGGUGUCUCGAUGCCUUCAAGGUAUGGUGGAAAAGACGACAAGGAGCUUCGUGAUCUCUCUUUGUUGAUCACUCUGGGUAAGUUGCCCUCGAGCAGGCUGAAUUCGCUUGAUCUGGAUUUCGACUUGAAGGUGGAAGACCUGGAUAGCUUGGCUGCCGAACUGGUGCUGGACUCAGACACUUUACUGCAACAACAGGACCUUGUCAUCACCGAUCACAAUGGCAACAGACACAUGAUUGGUCCUCUCGGUCUGCCUGCUGUGUUUGACUCCUCGGUGAAGGCUUUAGCCAACAUGUUCGACAUUGACCUUUCUGCAUGCCCAACUCUCCAGCAUGCUUUCCAGGGUGAGUUGGUGUUAACGUCAAGCAAUGAGCCCUUGGAUCCUUCCGACUUGGGCCUCUUGUACAACCUGAUGUUCCCAUACCUUGACGACAUCUCAGUCCAAGAAGCUACUUACUUCACUGACUGCUUCUUCGGCAAUGUGCAUCCUCGUUAUCCAUGUUUCGUGGAAAGCGUGUUCAGAUCGUUCCAUGAACGCUUCUGGGCCGCAAUGGCCUCCAAGUCCAGAGACCGUUUCAUUUCACACCACACCAUCUGCAGCAUAUACAUGGUCUGGCUUCUCGGGCGUCUCUUCAGCCCUGGAAGCUUACCCAGAAUUGACCAAAGCAUAGUUCAAAGAUACCUUCACAUCAUCAGAUUGUGUCUUUCCGAUAUCGUCCUCACACCAACACUCGAUGGUAUUCGUACCUUGGUGCUACUUGCCAUCUACAUGGAGAACACCAUGCGUAGAGAAAGCGCCUAUGUGUUGAUCCAAGUUGCUGCUCGUCAUUGCAUUACUCUCGGUCUCCAUAGAGAGUCUCUGGUUAUGCAAGUGGCUGACAAACUGAAAGUGGAGGAGCUGAGGAGAAUCUGGUGGGCCGUUUUUACCAUGGAGGUAUCUGUCAGCUGCCAAAUGGGUCGGUCCUCGACAAUCCAUAUGUCCGAUGUUUCUGCUUCUUAUCCACUUUGCUAUGAUGUGAUCCCUUCCCCCGAAUAUUCUCCCACGUACAUGGCCAUUCUUGAUAUCACCAAGGUCAUGCACGAGGUUUUGGAAUACCGUCAAGCCGUCGACAAUACAGAAUCCAUGAUGUCGAACGAAAAUCUCGAUAAGGCUCUUGCGCUUGAUGAGAAACUUACAAGAACCAUGCAGCGUACUGAUCAGUCCUUGUUGGAUCUUUCAAUGAUUGCAGACUACAAGAUCCAUUUGCUGAUGCGCUACCACCACGAUCGUCUUACGAUCCUGCUUCCUUUCUUUUCCAAGGUGGCAGAGGACCCUCAAUAUGCCUCUAACCCAACUGUCCAAACCCUUUUGACUCAAGGUUUGCGUCUGAGCAUUGCUAUAUCACAAAUCAUUCAUGCAAGUAUGUCCUCCAACAUGCUCAACGGCACAAUUCAUGCCGACAUCUUUUACACAUUCCACGCCACGAUGGGUCUUGUCAUGGGUUACUGUCUCAUGAACAACAGCCAAAUAAAUAGCAACUUGAAGCUUGGUGUUUCCAAUGCGGAAGUUCAGCAAGCCAUUGAGAGAAUCCGUGGUCUCUCUCUUUCCAGCAGAGGCAUGUGUUUUGGUACUCUUCUCAAGUUUAGCACAUUCAUCGACGCUUUCAUUGCUGGAUACGAUUACCUCAGAGGCCCUGCUCAUUACAAGCGCCCUAGUGAGCCCGCUUCAUAUGGUAUCACAACCAGUGCUAAGCAGGAUAUGCUGGAGAUGUUCUCGGCUGCUGAAGUUCGUGUCAAGAUGGAAGACAACUCCUUGGGUGAAGGAUUUGAUGAUUACUUCAUGAAGACGCAAAGGAAUGAUUAUGACACACAGUCUGGGUUCCAUUCGGUAGAUAUCCCCCAAUUUAACGAGAUGGUCUUCAAUGGCGGUAUAUCCAAUUUCGGCAAUGGCUUCGGUGCACCUGAACGCUUCACCACAGAAAGCGUACUUCCAGGGGAAUGA